UGCUUAUCUCGCAUACCACGGGGACUAGUACUAUCCCACCCGUUCUGCCUUAUCUGCGCGGAGACCGCUUUCCCGUAAAACCUCAUGCAUUUUGAUUUGAUUUAGAAGAAAUUGUUGCCGCCGAGAUGCAAAAGUGCGCUCAAAAGGGAGGGAAAAUCCCACCUCCCUCUAUAAACUAGGUGAUGCAUUCUCGGGGUUGUUUUAGGAUUGGAUUAAAAAUUAGCAAGAGACUAAUUUUGUAGCGUUUGACUGAGUUUCAACACUGCUGUUCCAUUUAUAGAGCGCUGUUGCUAUCGGAGACUGGAGGCUGCCGACUGAGCGGCGCUGCUUCCCUGAUGAGGAGCAUGGCAGCCGCGGCCAUGUGUCUCACCGAGAGCCGCGCUAACCGCAGAAAUCUCACUAGGAACUGCUUUAUGAACUACUGACAUGCGCCAAAACGCAACAUUUUACUUUCAGGAAAAUUUCGACAUUCUGUUUAAUACUUCCCCUUGAUCACACUACAUACACUCUGAAAUUGUGCAUUUGCCAAGAUUUUUACGAGGUUACUGGUAAACGUGUUUACACGACUGCCUUCUGUCGCACUGAAACUCAGUAACUGCGCUAUAACUAGUUGCGGCGUUAAUUCGUGUUUUAAGCGUUGAAAAUAGGUUAGAUGUCCCCGUCCUUUGGUCGUCAGUCGCUCAGAUUUCACCGAGCAGCAUGGUUUCCGAAUGAAAACCUCUGCAGUUGGUCUGGUUCUUAUAGAGAAAAGGGACCUGAUAAGCGUGGGCCACUAAUAAAUACAGGAAGCGGCGGAUUAGACAACCAGGCGGGCUGGACUAACAGAGAGGGCUGUUAGUGCAAAGCGGCGGCACAUUGGGCGCCCCGUGAGCACCGGAGGCCGAGAGCGGGAGGCGGGGGUGCGGGCGGCGUGUGGCUCCGGCCGGCCUGCGGGCUCCGCCUCGCUGUUCCCCCUGCAACCCCCCCCCCCUCUAAAACCAGCUCGGCUUACAAGGAAGCGUCAGCUGUCAGGGGUGGACUAGCGGGACAGACGAGGCAUGCAGCUGCUGCGUCCGAUCUCUUUAAUUCUCGUAGUUUAUGUCUCUUUAAAACGUGCGAACUGUGAGAGGUAGUCGUCUGUAUGACAGUGAAGUACAGUGAGUCUCUGCCAGUGUAAAACCAUGCGAUGCAACUUUACGGUGAGGAGACCCAAGGAAGUGGCCACAUCACAUGCUGAAGGUACAUGUUGGGUCGCGGAGUGAAGCGCAAGUUGAGCGAUUGUGAGAUGGUCGGGGGGGCGGGGCCUGGGGCGGAGCUCCCGUACCCACAGCAGCGGCAGCUGGUGCUGGACCUCUGCCUGGACAAGCUGCAGAGGUGCCGAGCGCGGGUGGAGCCCAGCCUGCAUCGCUCUGUGCUGCUGGCCAACACGCUGCGCCAGAUCCAGGAAGAGAUGCGUCGGGAGGGCGGAACCCCACCAAGUGGCCCCACCCCGAGUCCCGCACACACGGCCACGCCCCUGCACACCCCCGACCUGCCUCCCAUCCCCAAGGACUAUUCCCUGUCACCGAGAGAGCUGGGGAUCGCUGGGGACUGCUCCGCAGGUGAGCCACUGGCAUGUCCUGGGUGUGAAGGGCAGAGUGUCGUCUCCUCUUCCUCUGAGGAAGGCUGCACCGAGGACUUGACGGUGGGUGCCAGGUCUGCAGACUCGCUCUUCGGCUCCUUUGAGAUCACAAACUCCACCAGCUACCUGACGGACCUGGCCUUCGACGACAUCUUUGAGGACAUCGACACCUCCAUGUAUGACUCGUCCGACUUCUCCGCCCUUGCCUUGAGCCCGGCGCGCAGCAGUGGCGCCCCCUCUGGCGUGGAGGACAGCCUGAAGCCAUUCCCCAGCUGCACCACGGCCAGUGCACUGCAGCUGUGUCUCACAGACCUUAACGACCUGGACCACAUCAUGGAGAUCCUGGUGGGCUCAUAACUGGCCUUCCCACCUUCUGUUCUUAUUUUUUCCCCCCUCAGCUUUUUUGGAUGGAAAUGACAAAAUACUUGUAUAGAAUGGUAUAUUUAUAUUUUUAUACAGAAUACUCUAAAUCUAUUUAUCUAAAAUGCCACAGACAUGCCUGACGUACACCUACUGUAGAUGAAAUGGAUAUUGUGUUGGGAGAACCUGUUGUCCUGAUGUGUCUACAAAAUGAACUUGAACGUGCGAGGAUCACACUGAGCGGAAAUACACAGUAUUACCGCUGAAGGCGGUUGGACUGAACUCUGAAGAUAUCCACAACGUCAUAGCCACAGAUGCAAGAGUUUCCCCCAAAAAAGAGAAACAAUUAUGUAACAGUUAUAAUUAUGUAUCUUUAGCCUUUUUUGAACUAAAGUAUCUAUUUUUGUAAAAAAAAAAAAAAAAAAAAAAACAAUUUUGAUAUGCAUUUCUACAGCGUUUAAAAUGUAUUUUCAUGGGCUGAACAUGAUAGGCACACUCAACAGAUGAGUCUCUACCUCUUCUAUAUCUGGGCCCGGGUCCCAGGAACCUGCUCUCUGCACCUCUGAGUUCCAGUGCAUUCAGCACUGGCCCAGUCCUGUUCCCUGUUUAUUUGUUAGUGCUGUGUGUGUGUGUGUGUGUGUGUGUGUGUGUGUGUGUGUGUGUGUGUCUGUCUCAGGCAGAAUGUGCGCGCAGCUAGUACACAUGCAGUGGUCAGCAUGGCCUCUCUGCCGGGUAAGCUGUGGCCCCACACUCAGACAACUACUCCGUUUCUAUAGCAACCCUCUUCUCCCAUGAAACAACAAGAAACUGCCUUUAUGCUGGAUAGAAGACUGGUUUCAGAGAUUACCCCGAGGGGGUCACAUGCGGUCCGACUGGCACAGAGAGAUGAAUCAUUUUGGCUGUUAUUCUUUGUCAUUUUUGUUGUCACCCCCCCCUCGUCCCCCCCCCCUUCUUCAGUGUCGCUGCUUUUAAGACAUUUCUCCCUACGGCGCCCCCUCCUGCUCCUGGAAGGAUACUUGAAGUCUGCUUCCACGUCGUGGAAACACUUUAGCUUCAGUCUGACGGGAGGAGCAGAGCUCAGCAGCUUCCCGCUUCUGUCACGAGCUUCCAGGCUGCGUAUGUUUAGCUCUGGGUUCCGUCGGAAUGUACAAACCGGCCAUAAUGUGCACGUUUCCCUGCAAAGUGCUUUUUUUUUUCUUUUUUUCCCUCUCCUCCUUUUCUCAUAGUUGCCAACCCGCUCAUAGAACUCCCGUGGCGUGCAGCAGUAACGGACCCCUAUAACAAUUCCCUCCGGCUGCCAGCAUGUGAGUGCAGGGGGGGGGGUGGGAAGGGGAGCAGUACUGUGGCCCCCGUCACGUGGAACCGCUUGCUUUGGGGAGGGCUCUGGCUAACCCCUCCCACCCUACCGAGGGCCUGUUAGAACCGUUCUGACUCUUCCACCAGCCAGUCAGGUGAGGGGAGGGGGGGGGGUUUGAGGCCCAGAUAACCCCCCCCCUCCACCCCACGCGGUGUCUUUGUUAGUCUGAAAAACAAAUAUAGCCUGGUGGAGUUUCAGCUCGCAGAAACAUUCAGGCAGAAACUUUCAUUUCUCGAAUCCCUCCUUCCAAAUGUCCCUUCCCUGUUGUCUGUUUUAUUAUAGAGUGUUUACUAUUUUAUCAGAGCACAUCUCUGGAUCUAGGUGUGGUUUGCCACAUCCAUGGCCUCAUUGAACAAGAAUUGCAUUGACAGUCCCCCCCCCACAAGUAUUUGUGGCAUAGCAAAAAAAAAUACUGGAGUUUAGGGGGUCCACGUGAGGCGUGGGCAGGGGAAGGCUUCCGUCUCCCAGAUGGGGGCAGUGCUCUCAGCUGGGGUGGGGCAGGGCGGGGCAUAACCUGUGCUGAAUGAAAUGCCCCCCCCCCCCCAAGUCUGCCCUUUGCUGACAACAGUGGGUUACUGCAGAAGGGUGUCAGAGGACAAAAAUGUAAGCUUUAUAAGCUUAUUAUGUACAUAAUUUUAUUUAUAUUCUGUUUGAUCCGAAUAGUAUUGUCAUUGCAAAAAAAAUAAUAUAUUGUUUUUAUUUAAACCCCUCCCCCAUCAGUUAACCCCUGUUCCAUUACGGCAUUAUGGCUCUUCUGUGAUUAUGGUAUGUGAAACAGACAUUUCUCCUGGAGAAGUGCCCCAUUCUGUGUAAUAUUCGUCUCGGUCUGUUUUGUCUGAAACAAAAGAUGACAACAUGACCAGAAAACACUAACCAGUAGUGUUAGGACGUCUGUAUUCUUAACAUGUCAAUGUGUCCAUUUAUUGCAUUUUAGUAAUGUCACUGUGUUUCAAUGAGCCAUAUUAAAUCGCGCCUGAAAAUCAGCAGCUAAAGCUCUCUGCGCUGCACCACUGCUGAUCGUCCUUUUCUUUUUGUGAGUGAUUCUUAUUUAAAAAGUUAGAUCACCUGCCCCUUGCAUUCGUAUUUGAAUUUCCAGUAGAGCAUAAAAAAAAACCUUUUAGUCAAAGUAAAUAACCGUACUUUGGCAUUGCGAAGAGCAGUAUUAACAUGCAGACACUGUGUGUGCAAGCACAGUGUUCAUAGCCUGAAUCACCAUUUUGGAGAUGGUACCGGCUUGAUGCCACAAUCCAUCAGAGAAGGCAUGAAUGCAUAGCGAUCUCCCUGAAAGAAGGUGUUUGUCUGUUUGGCUGAGCCUAUGGCUAUGUGCAAUUAUGCAGUGUGUCCGUACUGGGAUUCGAGGGGGAUCACCGGCUGUAAAGUCCCUUUUAAAGUGCAAUACAAACCUGUUAAAAUGCUGGAUAUGCCCAGCCUUACUAAGGAGUAGACAUUAUAUUCUCUUGGCUAAGACUGCACCUACUGUAGCUUGGCAAAUUUUACGCUGUAUUUGAUAGAAGUGAUAUUUUGUAAAAACCCUAUGAUUGACAGUGGACCUUUUAACUGCGUUGCAUGAAUUAAGAUUUUAUUUAUUGAUCAUUUUCCCUUUCAUUUCAUGGUUUGGCAAGUUUUGCUUUGACCCCGGACUUUGUGUGUUGUGUACAUAAUCUAAUGUACAUAAAGUAUUUACUUUUUCUCACACUUGUAUUCUAUGCAAUACUAUUGUAGCAGGCCAGAAGUCUAAUUAAAAGAGGUGAAAGAAA